ACACGGCUCCCUCCACACGUUUUGAGCUGGGGGGAUAGGAGCAGCAGCAGAGGCGCGAGCGCAACAUCAGCAUCCGCGCGGGGCGUGUGGAUGUGAUGCCCACCCGGAGAGAGAUGGUGUAAACAAACCCGUUUCGUCCCGUCACUGAGCUCCACCACGGAGGUUGCUCGUCAUGUUGAGCCGUCUGUUCAGCGAGGUGCUGCCGGACGUCCAGAGGCUCGCGGCCGACUGGGUGGAGGACACGGACAACGAGCACUGCAAGGUGAAGGAGGAGCGCGAGGCGUGCCGCGCCCGAGGGGACGAGCUGGACGAGCCGCGCGAAGGCAGCAGCCGCGCGGAGUCGGAGAUGGCCGGCGACGAUGAGGAGGACGACGAGGGCGAGGAGGAGGAGGUGGAGGAGGAGGAAGAGGAGGAGGAGGAGGAGGAGGAGGGGGGCUGCGGCGCGGAUGAGAACGGAGGCAAGCCGAAGAAGCGCGGGCCGAAGAAACGGAAGAUGACGGCGGCGCGCGUGGAGCGCUCCAAGGUGCGGCGGAUGAAGGCGAACGCGCGGGAGCGCACGCGCAUGCACGACCUGAACUCGGCGCUGGACAACCUGCGCAAGGUGGUGCCGUGCUACUCCAAGACCCAAAAACUCUCCAAGAUAGAGACGCUGAGGCUGGCCAAGAACUACAUCUUGGCCCUGGGGGAGAUUUUACGCAACGGCAAGCGUCCAGAUGUGGUGACCUAUGUGCAGAUGUUGUGCAAGGGCCUGUCCCAGCCCACCACCAACCUGGUGGCAGGCUGCCUGCAGCUCAACACCAGGAACUUCCUGACGGAGCCGUGCGCGGACGGAGCCCGCUUCCACGUGCCCAGCUCGCCCUUCUCCGUGCAUCCGUACCCCUACCGGUGCUCGCGCCUCUCCAGCCCGCAUUACCAGGCCGGAACAGGCGCGCUCAACCUGCGCGCCCACUCCUACGGCUCUGGGUACGAGGCCGUGUACCUGCCUGGGGGGACGUCCCCGGACUACAACAGUCCGGACUACGAGGGCCAGCACAGCCCGUCUGUGUGCCUGAAGCAGCAGCAGCAGCAGCAGCAGCAGCAGCAGCAGCAGCAGCAGCAGCAGCAGGAGGAGUCCUCAGAGACGGACAGGAACUACCAUUACUCUAUGCACUACUCCGGACUGACCACGUCGAGACCCGGCCACAGCCUUCACUUUGGGUCCACGGGGGCGCGCAGCGGUGGCGCGCACUCUGAAAACAUUCCACCUUUCCACGAGGUCCACUUGCAUCACGACAGGGCGCCUCCGUACGAGGAGCUCAACGCGUUUUUCCACAACUGAGCUCAGAACAGUGACUUCCCUGAAACAACCCUUGAACUUCUAACGAUGUUCUGAAAAACACGCGCGCGUGGAAAGAAUGAUCCUCUCUGAUGUAAACUCUGUUGUAUCCAUGAGUCCCUGAAUGAGCGCAAUGAAACAUGUAAACACGACCUACACCAACAACAGAAAUAAAAAAAGAGUGUUUUAUAAUUGUCUGAGAUGAUGGUAGACAUUUUUUGUUAUAAACUUUUCCUCAAAAUGACUUCAGUUUUAAAAAGAG